GCCUGCAAGAAAGCAAUGGAGAAAUCCCGACCCUUAUGGGACAAUCCCCUACAGUUCGUUUUCGCUUGCAUUUCCUAUGCUGUGGGGUUGGGAAAUGUGUGGAGGUUUCCAUACUUAUGUCAGAUGUACGGAGGAGGUGGCUUUUUAAUCCCGUACCUAAUAAUGUUGAUUGCUGAGGGGAUGCCGCUGCUGUACUUGGAACUGGCUGUGGGACAGCGCAUGCGGCAGGGCAGCAUUGGCGCCUGGAAAAUAAUAAGCCCCUACCUCUGUGGUGUUGGAGUUGCCAGUGUUGUUGUUUCCUUCUUCCUCUCCAUGUACUACAAUGUGAUAAAUGCCUGGGCCUUCUGGUACCUCUUCCACUCCUUCCAGGACCCCCUGCCAUGGGCCACCUGCCCCCUCAACAGCAACCGCACGGGCUACGAGGAGGAGUGUGAGAAGACCUCGUCCACGCAGUACUUCUGGUACCGGCAGACCCUGAACAUCUCCCCGUCGCUGGAGGCCGGCGGGAGCGUGCAGUGGGAACAGGCGCUGUGCUUGACGCUGGCCUGGCUCGUGGUUUACCUGUGUAUCCUCCGCGGCACCGCCUCCACCGGCAAGGUUGUUUACGUGACAGCCUCUUUGCCAUACUGUGUUCUCAUCAUAUACCUCAUCAGAGGAUUAACACUUCAUGGAGCCGUGAAUGGGCUCAUCUACAUGUUCACACCAAAGCUGGAGCAGCUGUUGAACCCCAAGACCUGGAUCAGUGCUGCCACGCAGAUCUUCUUCUCGCUGGGCCUUGGCUUUGGCAGCCUCAUUGCCUUUGCCAGCUACAACGAGCCCAGCAACAACUGCCAGAGACACGCCAUCAUCGUGUCCCUCAUCAACAGCACCACCUCCAUAUUUGCCAGCAUUGUCACUUUCUCCAUCUACGGUUUCAAGGCGACCUUCAACUAUGAGAGCUGUAUCAGCAAGAUGAUCCUGCUGCUGCUGAAUGCUUUUGACUUGGAGGAAGGCUCUUUAACAGCAGACAACCUCAAUGAAAUGAAAGAUUACCUCAUGGCCACCUAUCCACAGGAAUAUGCCCAAUUAGCACCACAGAUUAAAAACUGCAGUUUGGAAGCUGAGCUAGACACGGCUGUCCAGGGGACGGGACUGGCAUUUAUAGUCUAUUCGGAAGCAAUCAAAAACAUGGAGGUGCCCCAGCUGUACUCUGUGCUCUACUUCUUUAUGCUGCUGAUGCUGGGCAUCGGCAGCAUGCUGGGAAACACGGCGGCCAUCCUCACACCACUGACCGACAGCAGGGUGAUUGCCUCCCGCUUUCCCAAGGAGGUGGUCUCAGGUGUUGUGUGUUUCGUGAAUUGUAUAAUUGGCCUGAUCUUCACCAUGGAGGCUGGAAAUUACUGGUUUGACAUCUUCAAUGACUACGCAGCCACCCUCUCACUGCUGCUCAUUGUGCUUGUGGAAACCAUCGCUGUCUGUUACAUCUAUGGGAUAAGGAGAUUUGAGAAAGAUCUUUACACCAUGAUUGGACGCAAGCCAAACUGGUAUUGGAAAAUUAUGUGGGCUUUUGUCAGUCCACUGCUAAUUAUAAGUCUAUUUAUCUUUUACCUCACCGACUAUAUCCUCACAGGAACAUUGCAAUAUCAAGCAUGGGAUGCCACACAGGGGCAGCUGGUGACCAAGGAUUACCCAGGCUAUGCCCUGGCGGUGAUCGGGCUGCUGGUGGCAGCAUCCACCAUGUGCAUACCCCUGGGAGCACUAGUAACUUUUAUAAGGAAGAGACUGAAGAGGGAACGAAUUUCAACUGUUGCCUGAAAGCUGACAGCUGUAUUUGGGAAGACCUUACCCCUGUCACCAGUGACUGGGCACUUCUGGAAGACAGCAGCAACCAUUAUUUGUAGCAGCUAUUUAUAGAGUUGAGAAUGGUGGGUGCUAUAUUGACUAAAAAGUGCUCUUGGGAGGUUCCACA